UCUCUCCUACUAACUGCACCCUCACUUUUCGCCCUUCACACAUUCCCCUUUACAUACUGCCCUCUUUCUUUUAGAAGCCAGCCCCUUUCUCUCCUCUCCUCUCUCUCUCUAGAAGUUUCUCAAUUCAUAGCUCAAAUGGCAACUGAGAAGGUGACUCUAAUGGUGCUACAUGCUGAUCUACAAUGUCCAUGCUGCUACAAGAAGAUCAGAAAAACUCUUUGUAAAUUCCCCCAAAUUAGGGACCAAGUGUAUGAUGAAAAGAAGAACGAAGUGAAAAUCACGGUGGUGUGUUGCAGCCCGGAAAGGAUCCGUGACAAAUUAUGUUGCAAGGGUGGAAAAUCCAUCAAAAGCAUCAAGAUUAUAGACCUCAAGCCCGCCGACAAGCCCAAAGAAACACCCAAGGAGCCCGAAAAGCCUAAGGAAAAACCCAAGGAGCCCGAAAAGCCCAAGGAAAAGCCCAAGGAGCCCGAAAAGCCCAAAGAAAAACCCAAGGAGCCCGAAAAGCCUAAAGCCGAGAAGCCCAAGGACAAUCCGGAAAAGCCUAAGGACAUUCCCAAAGGGCCCGAAAAGCCGAUAGCCGACGGUGGAGCGCCGCCUCCGGGAAAGCCCGAACCGAUUAAAUUGCCCGAAUCGGCUGUGAUGCCGCCGGCAGCUAUGCAGAUGAUGGGGCCCGGGCCCGGGCCGGCCCUAGUCCACGGUGUUCCGUCGAUUUUCCCCUAUGUCAGGCCGAGCCAGGACCCUUAUCCGGCCGGCCCGUAUUACCACGGGUAUGGAUUCCCACCUCCGCCGCAGCCCAUUUACGAUGGAUACGGGUACGGGUAUGGGUACAAUCAACAUGGGCAUCAUGUGAAUAGAGAUAACUACUUUAGUGAUGAAAACCCUCAAACUUGCACUAUCAUGUAAUGGUGUAAUUAAUGCCAUUCUGGUCUUGUUUUUAAUCAUAUUGAUAAAAGUAUAGUGAAAUUAAAUAAAGUUUAUAGAAAGAAAAAUAAGAUUAAUGUAGUUGUCGGUGGGCAAUCUCUGGUUGUAAAAGUUGAUGGUAUAAUCUUUUUUUUUCUCUACUUUUCCUUUUUGUAUUAAUAAAAAGUUGUCAUUAAUCAUUGAUGACCUUUUGGCA